GGCAUUUCACGCCUGAGCUUUCCCAAGGCACGUUAGAGGCCUAUGAGCAGCACCUGGUUUGGGACAUGAUCUGGAUAUCUAUGCGUUGAGAAAAUGCUCUGCGCUGUGAUCGCGGUGCUCUUCGCUCUGCUGGCUGCUGAAAGGGCGGCAAAUGCCACCAACAAGUGCACAGGCAACGCGUGCUUCAUUCUCCACGCAGAAAAGGAAAUGUUUGAGACAGCCAAAGAAAACUGCAACAAAAACGGUGGCCUCUUGAUUACAGUAAGAAACGAGACCGAUUUAGAUGCUGUGAAGUCAGUUCUUAAGUUAGCUGGGAAACUUUCGGUGCGAGAAAAAGUCUGGAUAGGACUGAAGCUUUCUAAAGGGAGUUGUGUGCUCAGUGACCAGGGGCUGUAUGGCUUCAGCUGGAUCUCUGGCAACCCGGAUUCCUCCUACACCAACUGGGGAAAGGAACCGACAAGCACGUGCACGGAGGAGCGCUGCGUUUCGAUCUCCACUUCAACCGAGGAGCUUAAAUGGAUCGAUGGAUCGUGUAAAGAGCGCGCGCUUUAUAUGUGUGUGUAUAAUUUUAGGGGCAUGUGUAAACCCCUGGUACUUGCGGGACCGGGAGAGGUUUCUUACACACAUCCAUUCUUAAAUGUGCCCCUUAAACCAGAUGGAGAUUUGACUAUGUUACCUCAUGCAACAUAUGCUGAGAUAAACUGCACUUAUUAUAGUGAUCUGAACACUCAAGCGGUGUGUACGGAAAGCUCCAAGCAGUUUGUUUGGGAAAAGCCCGGACCGUUUUGCGCCUCAGAUCAGCGGAGUUGCGAAAAUGGAAACGGAGGAUGUGAUCAGCUGUGUUUUAAUGAUCAUACCGGAGUGCGUUGUGGCUGUAAGGAGAACCACUACCUCGGAGACGAUAAAGUCACAUGUUUCCGUGAAGACGCUUGCCGCAAUUCUCUAUGCGAGCACAACUGCGCCUUAAAACCGACUGGCAUUGCGUGCACGUGUAAAGACGGAUUUGAGCUUUCCGAAAACAACGUCAGCUGCCAAGAUGUUGACGAAUGUACCAGAGACAUUUGCAAAGGUCAUAUAUGUCACAACAAACCAGGUUAUUAUGAGUGUGAAUGCAAGAGUGGCUUUAAGGAUGUUGAUGGAGUGUGCGAGGACAUAGACGAAUGCGCAGAGUCGGCCUGUCCGCAUCACGCCACAUGUCUCAAUUCCGAGGGCUCGUUCUCUUGUGACUGCUCCCCUGGUUAUAGAAAUUAUAAAGAGCAAUGUGUAGAUAUUGACGAAUGUCUGAAUCGGCCUUGCGAAGAUAUAUGCAGAAAUACGGACGGCAGCUACGCAUGUUCUUGUGGCCCGGACUUCCGCUUGGCUGAAAACGGCAUCAGCUGUGUUCCAGACGAAAAGCGCACAACAACUUCCCAUGAUUUCGAAAUAAUAUUGACUAAUGAACUGGAUCAGCAAAUAAUAACCACAAUUGAGCCACGUUUAAGCACCGAGACAAGCCACCAAGGCGUGCGCAAAGAUGGCCCCAUUCUCGGUUCCUGGGUGCUGGUGUACGCGUUGAGCGCUGUAAUCCCGCUUCUCCUGCUUAUUACACUCACCGCGGUUAUCGCAGUGCACCGCUGGAAUCGCUCACGCAAAGUCGCCAAGAAACAAAGCGUCAUUCCGGACAGCUACUGCUGGGUGUCUUCUGGAUACACACCUCCGUUAGAAACGCAGCGCAACAGAAUGGCAGCGCCUCGUUUAUUAUAAUGGGCUAUAUUAGACCAGAAAAAAACUUGGCUGUUGUUUUUUUUUUUUUUUUUAGAUUGCAAACACUUACUUCUACUUUGUGUUUUUAUCCCCCCACCAAAAUCUAUAAGACUUUGGUACAAGACAUUGUUUCUGUCUCACUGAACUGAACUACACAUCAACUCAACAUUGAUCAAUAACCCUUAAAUAACCUGUUAUAGCCUAAUGUUAUCAAAUAGCCCCCACAACACAACCUAUGAGUAUAAUAAAAUAAAUAAUGAUUGUUAAUAACUAAGCACUAAAUAUAGAUAUGGUUUUCAAACUGUGUAAGGGUCUACAGUCAUAUGUGCAGAUUACUUCUGCAGUCAAGAUUUUAAAAAUAAUGAUCUUUAAAAUCUUUCAAAGUGAUUCGAUCUUAAAGGUUCUACAGUUAAUGUGUGAAAAUAAUUUGUUAUAUGUUUUUAUAAAGACCCUUUCAGGAUUCCAUAAAACAAUGAGCAAAUUCUGUAAAUUUAACUUUUAAUUGAUUUGACUUUUUAAAACAGUUAUUUAAUUAUAACAAAAAGCUUAAUUGGCUGAUUUCAAUAAUUUUAUGAUUUAAAAUUAUAGUCAAUACCAAUUGUGAGUAAAGUCAUUUUCUUUAAGGAAGCUCCUUAACAUGAAAUAAAAAUUUAAUUGCAGUUCUAAUGAAACUAAGAUUGUUUACAAGAUAUGAAAUGAAUUAAGUCUAUGUUUGAGCGUAUUGUAACUGGUUUAGGUUGAGUGGGUGAUAUAUGUUCAGGAAUCAAAAAUCUGUAAUGGCUCAAAGCAAUGUACAUAAUAAUUGGAUUAUGAUAAUAAAAACAAUCUGAGCCUCAGCUAUAAA